AUGCCGCUCUGCUUCGGUUCCAAAGACAACGAGCCACUAGAUGAAUAUGACCAUCUGCCCUUCGGCCUUCGAUGGCGCAUGCAUUUCGGCAAACAAGAGACCGAUCCAGAGACAGGCGAGUCAAUACUGCGUCUUGGGGGGAACAAGAUCGUCAAAACCCACUGCUUCAACACCGAGUAUCAAGCGUUGAUGCUGGUAGAUAGACACACCUCUGUUCCUUGUUGGAAGGUUCUAGCCGUCUACAACAGACCCGAGGGGAAGCUGGUGGAAUACGAAGCCUUUCCAGGAAAACCAUUGCAUACAGUCUGGCCUGGAAUGUCGGCCCACCAAAGGAACAAAAUUGUUGCAGAUCUCGCUCGCUUCGUCGACCAGUUGAGGAAAAUGCAACCUCCAAAACAGUGCGUGGUCGGAGACGCAACACUGGGUGCCGCCCUUGACCCCAGGUUCGGCCACGGGAGAAUUGGUCCCUUCUUCUCCAUUGACGCGUUUCAAGAAUUUGAAAGACGAGGCCAUUCUCCCCAGCAUUUCCCGGAAAAGGAAAUCCAAGUCGUUCACGCCCCCAAGAAGCCCUAUCAGUUGAAAUUCACCCAUGCCAAUCUGUCUCCUAGAAACAUCAUCGUCGACGAAGCAGGCAGAAUAUGCGCGUUAACCGGCUGGGAGUCGGCUGGGUGGUACCCCGAAUACUGGGAGUACACGCAGAUGUGCCAUAACACCCCCAAAACUAUGGGCGAUUGGUUGGAUGCUAUGUGCAAUAUGAUUCCGAGAUACGAUCAAGAAUUGUUGGCCGAGGAAGCGCUUCGAGCGAGAUAUACCUCAUCAAUAUAUGAUGCGCCCAGGAGUGUCAGAGCCCCUACACCUUCUCCUAGCGAGGUGCAUCUGGAACAACAGGCGAUUGACGACUUGAAUACGGAUAAUACCAGUGGCUGA